GGGGUGGGGGGUUUCAUCACUCAGUUGGCAAGAUUGAACUUUUGCAUUGUAGUUUUCGUCAGCAGAGGAAAAUGGAAGGCGGUGCUCUUCUGAGAACUCUAAAUCCUUUCAAAAUCAGAGCCAAGUUUUAUGGGGCCUUCACUGUUCGAUGCUCUUCCUUUUCUUCCGGGAAAGAAAUGGGGAAGAGAGCAUACGAUGGACUGCUUUUGGAUGCAGCAAAUACACUUUUGCAAUUGACAAAUCCAGUUGAAGAGACUUAUGCUUCCAUUGGCAAGAAAUACGGGCUGAUAACUACUCCAGCUGAAAUAAAGCAAGGUUUCAAAAGAGCUUUUGCUGCUCCAUGGCCAGAAAAGCUACGUUAUCAGGAUGAUGGCCGACCUUUCUGGAAGCUUGUCGUUGCUGAAGCAACUGGUUGUAGAGAUGAUACUUACUUUGAAGAAGUAUACCAGCACUAUGCAAGUGGUGAGGCGUGGCAUCUUCCAGCUGGAGCCUAUGACACCAUAUCAAUUCUGAAACGUUCCGGAGUCAAGCUGGCCGUAGUUUCCAACUUUGACACCCGGUUGACGAAGAUAUUGAAAGAGCUGAAUGUGUUGGAUCUAUUUGAUGCUGUCAUCAUAUCUUCAGAGGUUGGAUAUGAAAAACCAGAUAUAAGGAUAUUCAGAGCUGCUCUAGAUCAGAUCUGUGUAGAAGCAAUAAAAACUGUUCACGUUGGAGAUGAUGAAAAAGCUGACAAAGGAGGAGCAAAUGCUGCUGGAAUUGACUGCUGGCUAUGGGGUGUAGACGUGAAGUCAUUUGUAGAUAUACAGAACCGCAUUCUCACAAUGGCAUAGUUUUUUGGUUAGCGGCUCUGUCAUUUGGAUGAUAGAACUAGACUACAAUCAAUUAUUACUUGUAGACGGAAGCAUCAAAAGAUUGCUGUUUGUGAUCAUUAUAUUCUUCAUCAAUCAUCCAUCUUUCAAUUCCAAAGUAUAAAGUUAAGCUGCAGCGGCUUUUAAUAAGCUUCAUGCUCGGAGUUCUGCAUAGUGAUUCAGUAAUCAGCUGCAUUCCAUUAUAAUAAUAAAACCCCAUAUGAGAUGCUACUUCCUCCAGAUCUCCACAAAGGCAGAGGGCAAGAUUAUUCAAAAAUGUAUCCCUUUGACGAAAUGAUUCACUAAUCAAUCUGAAAAGUCACCCCAAUAUUAGUUCGUUUGGAAUUUCACAGCUCUGCAUAGCCUAUUUUGGCUCAACUUCUCUCCCUACAAAACUUGAGAUAAUAAUCAAAUUUGCUUUGAUCUAAUAUUCCAAAGCUAGUAUGAAACUA